AUGAAGUUAGAGAAUAUCACCGCAGGAAAGAGAAUAUCGCCACCGAAGAUCCUUGUCCAAGGAAUGGAGACGAUCCAAUGUCAAAGAAGGACGGGCACAAGGCAAAAGAUUAAUAGGAUAAUGACGGUGUCAGCAAAAUCUGUCGAGAGCGGAGUGAACGAAAUGACAUUGGAGUCCCCCAGUGAACGCAUCUUCGAUGUGUGCUCGACACUCAAGUAA